GUCGGUCCGAGCUGCGAGCAACAGAGUGCCCCGUGUGUACACCCCCGCCCACGUAUUAUUUGUGUGUGCGGCUAGCCAGCCCGAAGCUAGCCAGCCCACGCUCUCCUCGGUGUCAACGGGGAAAGCAACCGUCUGACAGACCUCGUUUCCACGCGGAUGAUGCAUUCGUUAAUUCGCGAGAAACAAUCCCGGGCGCGCUAUCGUGCCGCGUAAAGAAAAACCACCUUAAAUGCGACACCGCGGACGAGUAUGAUUCUGGCUGGAUCAGACCACUUCUUGGCGGUACCUGUGGAAGCGACUGCAGUUUUGGGUGCCGUUGCCGGUUUCGUAGUGCUCCUACUAGCUCUCUUUCUUUACCUAUCCCGGAAGUGGUGCUUCACGCCACCUUCAUCCACCACGCUCUUCGGCGGAGUCUGUGUGCCUCUCUGUGAGUCCACCAACAGCUCCACAUCUCAAAUCUCGAAAAAUAUAGGCAAGGCAUUUUCUUAUUCGGAUCCAGAAACAAGUUCCGAUUCAGAGGAAGACGCUCUCCGACGAUUAAACUCGCGUUCACUUCCUCCGCCGGAUACGUUGACUAUCCAAGCGGAGGACGGACCAACGACUAUCUUAGAUGCUGGGACCACUUCCAGUAGCUGCACUGAGGAACACUCUCCAGCAGAUCAACAACAGUGCGUGGUGGAAGUUGGAGCUUCUAGCAUUAUACUCGAUAAUCGAGAGCAGGAGAUACAAGUUGAGCAAAAUGACUCUACGACCAAUGAUGUCAUCACAACGAUGGGUACAGUGGCUACCGAGGAAGUUGGUAGUCUGGAAGUCGCUUUCCUGUAUGAUGCUCCAAUGCGUGAGAUGACAGUUCACGUCUUACAAGGGCGGAAUUAUCCUCCUGGUAUUAAUGGCAGUCAGGUACGAUUAGUCUUGCUACCAUCAAAAAAACAAAGACGUAAGACACGAGUUCGACAAGGGACAUCUCCGCAAUACAUGGAGAGUUUUUUGCUUCCUCGUGUAAAUCCAGAAGAUGUAAAUGCAAUGGGAGUACGGCUCAGAGUAUAUCUGUGGGGUGGCAGAAUGAUGCGUCGGGAAAGAUUGCUGGGCGAAGCCAGAGUGUCUUUCGAUCACAUUAAUCUCCAGUUAGAAACGACCCUGUGGUUAACUCUUCAACCCCCACUUUCUUCCUCGGCACAGGAUUGGGGAACCACCAGCAGUCUAACUCGUAGCGAUUCCACGGGAUCCCAACAAUCGGUCCAAUCGUAUGCUUCUCCGGCUAUACCACCUUACGGCAGCAGCAUGAAGGGAGGCAGUGUCGCUGAAAUCCUAAUCGGUUUGGCGUACAAUGGCACGACAGGUCGCUUAUCAGUUGAAAUAAUCAAGGGUUCCCAUUUCCGUGGUGGAGGCGGAAACGAUACGAAACCUCCUGACACUUACGUCAAAUUGGCUCUUGUUGAUACCAACAAUCAUGAAAUGGGCCGAUCUAAGACCGGUUUGAAACGUGCCCAACCGAAUCCCCUCUAUAAGGAAACUUUUAUAUUUCAGGUCGCGUUGUUUCAAUUGGGAGACGUGACACUUUACCUCUCUGUGUACAAUCGUCGACGAGGUGGAAUGGGUAGGAAAGGACGAGAAAUGAUCGGCUGGCUCUGUUUGGGUCUGAACAGCUCCGGAUCUGAAGAGCUACAGCAUUGGAACGACAUGCGGACGGCGAGGCAACCGAUACAAGUGCAACGCUGGCAUUCGCUACUGCGUCCUUGAGGUGUCUUCGUGUGAGUGCCUCUCAUGGAUUUAUUCUUGAUGCAGUUAUUCGGGCGUGAAACGAUUUCACCGGUACUCGCCGAAGAGUACGGGAAAUAGAUGAGCGUUUCUAGAAAAGAACAAUUGUUCGCGGCAGACUUUAUCUCGAGAGAGAUUUCAAUUCUUUCUCCUUAUCUCAUGGAGACACACUGUGUACUGCCUGGUUGAAGAACGGAAGUCAAUAUUCCAAUCGGUCUGUCAAUUCCAAAUCAGAGCACGAACAAUACAAGAGACUGUCCAGGUAACAUAAAAGCGUUCUUAACUUCUGUGUCUAUUACAUGAAGCAAAUGACAAAUAUGAUAAUGACAACACAAAAUUCAAAAAAUGUCUUAAUGUUAGAGCUCUGUUAGACAAAUAGCAGUGUCUAAACGAUGUUCUAAGUACUCAAGAAAUGCCUCUGACUUUCAGUCGAAUUUUAAAUUGGAACUUUAGAAACUUGCCAAGCUUUUGUUUUGUUCAGGAUGCUCUGUUUGGAAUACUGUAAACUCUGAGUUACAAACUCUUAUCUAAAUGUACCAAGUACAUUUCCUUUUUGAUACGCUAAUGGGAGCAGUGUGGCUAGUCUUCGAUGUUGAGGGUCUCGACGAUCGCGUGAUCGUUGUUCCGGCGUUUAUCGACGUUCCGGCCCAAUCGUCGUACCUGUCCUGUCACAUGGUACGAUGCUCUCCGACUCGACAUGUGCCUGAGCCAAUCUGAAUCAUUUAUUUUUUACUUUGUGCCUUUCACCCUUUUUAUGCCGCGCACCAUGCUAAAUGGAGGAUUGUUGUGAAAUGUAAGCGAAUUUCAAUGUCUGAAACGACGUUACUUCGAAAACUGAGAUGGUUACAUUUCUUGACUUCAUAAUUCAUAUUUUAAGAUGCAGGGUGGUUACGCGAUAGAAGAUCCGAGAUUCUUCAAUCGUUUUCAAUGUACUCUGAGAAUCCGGAAAAUAUUCUCGCGUGGAUUGGGAAACGCUCUAGAAAAAUUAACAGAGGUUUUCCUUAAUUGUUAAAAUGCAGGAAGAGCCAAAAGUUCCUGUGAUUUAGUAAAAAUAUUGAAAAUCGAGCUCUCUCGAUUUUAUUUGUAUA